AUGAGCUCGGGCCACGACAACGACGACGCUACGCGUCACCGCUUCUUUGCCGCGUGCGCCAAGGGCGACGUGGCCACGGUCACCGAGACCCUCGCGCUUGGCGACGUCGACGUCAACGAGGUCGACGAAGAUGGCAAUGGCGCGCUCCUGCUCGCGUGUAAAUACGGGCAGCUGGACGUCGCCCAGCUUCUCUUGCUUCAUCCGUUUCUCGAUGUGAAUGCAUUCAACGACGUGGGCUAUACGCCGCUGAUGGAAGCCGUCGAUGCGAGCCACCCCGCGCACGUGGCCGCGCUUCUCCAGCACCCGAGCAUCAACGUUGAAGCGACGGCGCCGGGCGGGUCCACGGCGCUCAUGCUCGCCUGCAUCCAAAACGAAGUCGAGAUUGUCGCGCACCUGCUCGCUGGCGCCGUCGACGCUGUCCGCUUUCUUCUCGACCAGCCGCGUCUUCGCGUCAACCAAGUCGAUGCGAACUGCAGUACGGGGUUUCUACAAGCCUGCCGGCGCGGUCAGACUGCGGUCGUCGAGGCGCUGCUAUCGCACCCUGCAACGGAUCUCAGCGCAACGACGCAGAACGGCUACUCGGGGCUAUUGCUGGCGUCGGACGGGGGGCAUACCGACGUUGUCCGGCUGCUCUUGCCACAGUCCGACAUCAACCUUGUCGAUGCGAGAGGGGUCUCGGUGCUCAUGUAUGCUGCGCAGCAAGGCCGGACCGAGAUUGUGUCAUUGCUCCUCGCCCAACCGGGGCUCGACGUCAACCGCACCGACAGCACCGGACGAUCGGCCUUUCUGCACGCUUGCGAGCAAGGCCACGACGACAUUGUCGGCCUCUUCCUCGACCAUCCGAACGUAAACGUGCACCAGCGCAGCCAUGAUGGCUGCUCGGGUGUGGUGCUUGCGUGCGGCGGCGGCUAUCUCGGCGUCGUGGAUCGCCUUGUGAGUUCUGGCGCGCUCGACGACGUCGCGGCCAAAGUCGAGGGGGAGCCGACACCGUGGCUCGCAGCGUGCAAGGGAGGCCACGACACCGUGCUUCGCUAUCUUGUUCAAGCACGGCCUACGCUCCAUGUCAACGACGUCGAUCGGGACGGCAACUCUGGCUUGGUGCUCGCGAGUGCGCACGGGUAUCCCGACACUGUCGACUUCCUCUUGGACCUGCCGCGCAUCGACGUCAACCUAGUCAACACGAUGUUGCAGUCGGCGCUCCAUGUCGCGUGUUCGCAUGGCCACGCGGCGAUCGUUGCGCUGCUUUUGCCGCUCGUGUCGCCCGAGACCCUCAACGCGCCAGACGAAGAUGGCAUGACGCCGCUGCUGCUCGCAAUUGCCGACGACCAUGCUGCUAUCGUACUGCAGCUCUUGGCCGAGCCCACGAUCGACGUCAACGCGCCUGACGGCGAGGGUCGGACGCCACUCAUGGCCGCCAGCCUCUUUGGCCAUUGCGAGAUCACGCUCGCGUUGCUGCGGCACCCGCACGUGCUUGUCAACGCCCAAGACGAGGAAGGGUCGUCAGCGCUGUACUACGCGUCGGCCCUCGGCUUUGUCGAUAUUGUGGACGCCCUUCUCGACGCGACCAAGGACAUUCAAGUCAAUGCCACGACACUGACGGGGAUGACGCCGCUCAUGGCUGCGAUGGACCGUGACCAUGACCGCGUCGUUGCGACCUUACUCAAGCACCCUGCUAUUGUCGUGCCCGAGGCCAAGCGCGACGCUGCCCACGCCCCGUAA